UGACAUCUUGUCAUGGUGACCGCAUGUCACUGGCUCGGAGCUCAUGGCUUUGUUUAUGUUAUACUGAUUCUUGCCACCUGGAGUCUAGGCAGCCUGGGUGCCCAGAGGGAGCUUCACCUGGCAGUCAAUGCCACCCUUUCUAAAAGCAGAGUCAGCCAGCCACUGGGACGCUGCUUGGUGACUUCGCUGGCCGUCACUGUCACGCCCUGAGCAGAGAUGCCCCAGCACUCGAUGGGGGACAAGCACUUCAUCUCGAUGCCCAAGCUGGGCUUCCCCAGCCCACCCUUGGCCACUGACAGUGGGUGUGGUUGCACCCCCCCGAGCCGGCAGGCAUCCAUGUGCCCAGCUGCCCACAGCUCUCUGGACUCCUGCAGCCAGCCACUGUACCAGCCAGAGGCCGGGAAGCAUGGCCCCCGGUUGGCCCACGAGGUGCGCUAUGUGGCGGCCCGGCCUCAGAGUGUGGAGUGUGGUUGGCAGGGCUUUGCCCCUGCGUGCCUGCAGGCCUUCAACACACCCAGGGGCUUCCUGCUCUUCCUGAGCGCGGCCGCCUUCCUGCAGGGCAUGACGGUGAACGGCUUCAUCAACACCGUCAUCACCUCCAUCGAGCGCCGGUUCGACCUGCGCAGCUACCAGAGUGGCCUCAUCGCCAGCUCCUACGACGUGGCCGCCUGCCUCUGCCUCACCUUCGUCAGCUACUUCGGGGGCAACGGGCACAAACCUCGCUGGCUGGGCUGGGGUGUGCUGGUCAUGGGGGCCGGCUCGCUGGUGUUUGCGCUGCCCCACUUCACUGCGGGCUCCUACGAGGUGGAGGCAGACGAGGGCGUCGGCACAUGCCAGGCCAACCACAGCAUGGCGUGCCGGGACAGCACCAUCUCCAGCCUGUCUAGCUACCGGCUGGUCUUCAUGUUGGGCCAGUUCCUGCAUGGUGUUGGCGCCACGCCGCUCUACACGCUAGGCGUCACCUACCUGGAUGAGAACGUCAAGUCCAGCUACUCGCCUGUCUACAUUGCCAUCUUUUACACGGCGGCCAUCCUUGGCCCCGCAGCCGGCUACCUGAUCGGAGGCGCCCUGCUGAACCUUUACACGGAAAUGGGCCGACGGACGGAGCUGACCACGGAGAGCCCGCUGUGGGUUGGCGCAUGGUGGGUGGGCUUCCUGGGUGCUGGGGCCGCCGCCUUCCUCACUGCCAUCCCCAUCCUGGGCUACCCACGGCGGCUGCCAGGCUCCCAGCGCUACGUGGUCAUGAGAGCACAUGAAACACACCAGCUGAAGGACGGCGGCCGCAGGGCGGCCAGCAACCCCGACUUCGGGAAAACCAUCAGAGACCUGCCUCUCUCCGUGUGGCUUCUUCUGAAGAACCCCACAUUCAUCCUGCUCUGCCUGGCUGGCGCCACGGAGGCCACGCUCAUCGCCGGCAUGUCCACGUUUGGCCCUAAGUUCCUCGAGUCCCAGUUCAGCUUGAGUGCCUCGGAAGCUGCCACCUUAUUUGGGUACCUGGUGGUGCCGGCGGGUGGUGGUGGCACCUUCCUGGGUGGCUUCUUCGUGAACAAGUUCAAGCUCCGUGGCUCGGGCAUCAUCAGGUUCUGCCUGCUCUGCACACUGACCAGCCUGCUGGCCGUCUUUGUCUUCUUCGUGCACUGCCCCAAUGUGCCCGUGGCGGGCAUGACAGCCAGCAACAGCGGGAGCCUCCUGCCUGAAGGCCACCUGGAGCCGACAGCCACCUGCAACGCCACCUGCAGCUGCCGGCUGCAGCUCUACAGCCCCGUGUGCGGCUCCAACGGCCUCACGUACUACUCGCCCUGCCACGCAGGCUGCCCCCGGGCGGCUGUGCCCGGUCCAGGCGGCCAGAAGGUGUACCGAGACUGUAGCUGUGUCCCUCAGAAUUUUUCCUCUGGUUUUGGCCAUGCUACUGCAGGGAAAUGCUCUUCAACUUGUCAGAGAAAGCCCCUCCUUCUGGUUUUCAUAUUCGUUGUAAUUAUCUUUACAUUCCUCAGCAGCAUCCCUGCGCUAACGGCGACUUUACGGUGUGUCUGUGACCAGCAGAGAUCCUUUGCGCUGGGAAUUCAGUGGAUCGUGGUUAGAACUCUAGGGGGCAUCCCGGGGCCCAUUGCCUUCGGCUGGGUCAUCGACAAGGCGUGCCUGCUCUGGCAGGACCAGUGCGGCCAGCAGGGCUCCUGCUUCGUGUACCAGAACUCGGCCAUGAGCCGCUACAUGCUUAUCGCAGGGCUGGUGUACAAGGUCCUGGGCUUCCUCUUCUUUGCCACCGCCUGCCUCCUGUACAAGCCCCCAUCGGGGUCUCCUGAUGGCCCGGAAACUUCUCUACCCAGCCGGUCCUCAGCCUCCGACAGCUCUGCAGACCUCCGGGAUGCCCCGUCUGCCCUCCAGCUCCAGAGCGAGGUCCGAUAGUCCACCCAUCUGCCAGGUGCUCAGGACAGCCACUCUGCACUUCCCGGGAACACUGGUUUCUCCCCGAAGGGCUGAGCCCUCACUGAUCGACCACCCCCCAGCACUGAGGACCCUUCAGAAAUCCCCAGUGGAUUCUAGGGGCACCGAGCUGGAGGGGCACACAUAUCUGAGCCUCACACGCAGCAAGGCACAUCCAAAAUGUGCGGGCCUCCCCAAGCCCCCAGCCCUCGCGCUGGGGGGGCAGCAACAAGGACGCCGGGCAGCCUGCCACGCAGCACCACCUGGCCUGCCCUUUCCUACCUGUUUCCCACUCUGUGACUUUUUCCCGACGACACAGACGACAGUGUUGAAUGGGGCCUCAGGAGCCCCUGGACACGUUAGCAGCUGUGCUUUUAAAAUAAUCUAUGCAAUGUUAACUCCAUUGUUAUUACCAAAAGUGGAAAACCCUCUGUGGACCUAGUCAUGGAGCUGGUGGCCGCCAGGUGGGUUAUGAAUCACUGUUCUCCCCAGGAGAUGGAGGUGUGUUCCAGACUUGCGUACACGUAUGCUGAUUGUGCACAGCACCCUGAAACCGCGCAAUGGAAAGUGCAGAGCCCUGAGCCCCAUGGGACUCAGCAGGCGGGUGGUGCUUUGUUUGGGUCUGGCCUGGCCCCACGGUCCCAUCUCUCCUGACGCAGAAGCCAGCUGUGAGGCCGUGCCCAGGGGCCAGAUCCAUUGGAACCUCCGUGAUGUGUUCAGAACCUGCUGUCACCUUCUGUCCUUCGAGCACAGGGCCCUGCAGUGGGACAGGAGCAACUUGCAGAGGCACACGUUUAUGCAUAAAUAUUUAUUUUCGGAAUUUGUUUUUACCUGAUGGUGCGGUGGGCCUGCCAGCAAUCUGCAGGCCCUGGAGGUCCAAAUGAAGGGCACUGGGACUUUGUGGAAUGUUUGCAGGCAUCCCAAGGUAAACUUGUGUGUACUAAAUAUAUUUUAAUAUUGAAAACACA